UUAAACGAUGAACUUGUGUUUAACUAUAAGUGGAUUUACCAAACGAAACUCUAAAUAUUUUCAUUUCAUAAUGAUAUCAGUCAUUUUUAAUCAGAAAAAUAUGGCAUGUACGUAUUUAAUAAUGUAUUUAUUGUCGUAAACUUCCGUUGGAAAUAUACAUUAACGGGCCGACUAUUUUAUCUACCAAACCACAAUCAAACUUAAAGCUCAUUGAGAAAAUGUUUCAAAAUUGACGAUCGUGUUAUUUUUUUAUCUCACACUAUUUCACAGGGAAACCUUGUGUGUAUUAAUGUAUUGUGUUCUUCGGAGAUAUAGCCAUAAGGACCGAAUAAAAAGAAGGAAUAUAUAUAUUUUUUUGUUUAUUCGUGCAGUUUGAUGUGAUGUCGUUAACCAACAUAGCUUAUCUUAACAAAAAAUAAAAUAAAAUACAGACUAUUUUGCAAUUUUCAUUAUUUUACACGUUAUUUAUAAUUACGUAACGGGAAAUGAUCUUAUUUUCUUGGGUCUAUGCAUUUUAUGUUACAAUUGUUUUUACACACUCAGAUCAAAUACUUGGGAAUACAUCGCUGAUCUGACACUAAACUGAUUUUGUGUUUCGGACACGUUGACUACUUUAACUAGUAAAACUUUAAGAUUGGGUCGCUGUGUUUGUAUGUUUCCGCUUCAGUCAGUUUAUGUCAGUGACAUAAGACACGUACUGUUGUUCUCGUCUGUAUAGAAACUAUACAGCUCAUAGAAAACCACUUCUACUGUAAUCCUUUCUAAUCUACACAGGGGCGCGCCUGUCAGGCACGGGACCGCCCGAUGAGGGAAAAAAAAAAAAAAACGGUGGCGCGCUCCCGGCAGCACUUCGUUCAUGCACUUUAUCGAGUAUCCCGUCGAGUGAUCUUUAACAGCCCUGCAAGAUGACCAUCAACACCCUGGCUAAAGGGGGGUGGCAUCGGGAGCAAAUGUCAUGCUUUCGAAAGAUGGAGAAAGUGAUUGUGGCCAUGCAGGACCCUGACAUGGGCAUGAAGAUGAGAAACCAGAGGCUCCUUAUCACUAUCAUUCCACAUGCCAUGACAGGUCAUGAUGUAAUUACGUGGCUAAUCCAGAAAUACAACAUCUGUGAGGAGGAGGCCCUGCACAUCGGAGACAUGCUGGUGAGACACGGGUACAUUUACCCUCUCAAAGAGCCAAGGUCUCUCGUGCUGCGGCCCGAUGAGUCGCCCUACCGCUUCCAGACUCCGUACUUCUGGACCAGUACCCGGUGGCCUGCCACAGAGCUGGACUACGCGAUCUUUUUGGCCAAAAAGAAUAUCAGAAAACAAGGAGAACUGAUGGAAUACGAAAAGGAGCGGUACAGUGUGUUGCACAAGAGAAUCAACCACACCUGGGACUUUGUGGUGAUGCAAGCCAGAGAACAGCUAAGAGCGUCCAAACAGAGAAGGAAGGCUGACCGCAUUGUCCUAGAAUGUCAGGAGCAGGCUUACUGGCUCAUCAACAGACCCCCGCCUGGAGCGUAUAAUGUGCUGGACAUGGGUCUGGAGCGUCCGAAUGAUUUCAGUUCACGAAUUACAGUGAACAGUGACUUCUACAAAAGAGAGAUUGAAGCUACUAGAAGGGCCCUCGGAAGAAACCGUGUAAAGUCAUCCAUCUGCCUAGAAGGUUUUCUGAAAUACAGCGAGCAGUACCAGAACCAUGAUCCCAUUAUGCAAGGCUGCCUUCCCAGUAACCCUUGGAUUUCCGAUGACACCGCGCACUGGACAAUGAACACUGAAAUGGUGCCCACCCCGACACGCCUUCGAGUGGAGCGUUGGAGCUUCAGUUUCAUGGAGCUUCUCAAUGACUCGAUGGGGAGGCGGGAGUUCAUGACCUACCUGGAGAAAGAGUUCAGUGCGGAGAACCUGUGUUUCUGGCAGGCGUGUGAGGACGUCAGGCACGGAGAAACUUCCAAGAUCAUAGAGAAGGUGGAAGAAAUCUACAAGAACUUCCUGGCUCCCGGAGCUCCCCGCUGGGUCAACAUCGACAGCAAGACCAUGGACAAAACCCUGGAGGGGAUCAAACACCCGCACCGCUUCGUCAUGGACGACGCACAGAUGCACAUCUACUUUCUCAUGAAGAAGGACUCUUACCCAAGGUACCUUAAGUCUGAACUGUACAAAAACAUGCUGGCCAAAGCUAUCGUCCCCCAGGAAACCAAGAAAAGCGUGUUCCCCUUCAUGAGACGCCAGCGCCACUCCAGCCCCUCCCCCGCUCAGGCAGUCGCCCAGGCAACCGAGGAAGACGGGCGCGCCAAGGGGGCCGGGCAAGCAGGUACCAACUCUGCAGCCAGCUCCAGUGUGUGAUGGCAGGGGCCCAAAAAAAAAAAAAAAAAAAAAAGUCAAUCACUUCCGCCUUGUCUUCACCAAUCGAACCAAUCCAAGGAGUUCUGUUCUGUCUCCUGCUCCUUUCUUUCAAGUCUGAGCUUUUCUCUCACCGCUGCAACGUUAGCAGAGCUAGGAUUUCAGCUUCCAGUCAGAGGCCAGGUGUUAAUGCGUACCUCAGCAGCAUCUCAACGUAUGAGCGGUGGCCAGCAGAGAAGAAGGCUUUUAGGGCUCCUGUUACAUCCUGCACCGCUGCUGCACCUCCAUCCACAUCCCACCUCGGCCCGAAUAGUGUGUUCAGUCACAUCUGACGUUCCUUUCUGUAUCAAGCUUUCUGUUUCUCAUCAGCAUUUGUAGGCAUUGGGACUGCUAAUGAAGAGUAGGCGUGCGUUCAGUCAGAGAUGAUUUCCUCAAGCAUGUCUGUGAUUAUCGUACAUUUCGCUCGUUCCGGUUCAUCCCACGCUGGAGCUUCACGUCGUGACCGCCGUCGCUGCUGUUCAUUUUUGCUCGAGCACGUUUCCAUCCAAAUAAAGUGUCACCACAGCA